AUGGUAGAUCUCACUGAAGAAACCCAAAAUUAUUUAGGGAGAUUUAAUGCACUUUUAGACGUUUUACAGAAAUCUGAGAGCCAAGAUGACAUAAAAGAAGGGAUAUCUAAGCUUCUGUACUUAGCGCCACUUGUAGGGAGCAUUUCUAAUCUUCACUAUUAUGUGGAAGUGUGUAAAAAGUUUAUGUCCCAUACAAAUCCUAAUAUCCGAGCUUUAGUAAUUCAGCUAAUUUCACUUGCAUGACCCUUAAACGAGCCAGAUUCCCAAGAAAUUUUAUAUUGCUUUACCAAAGAUAUUGAUCCUAAAGUCAGAUCUAUAGCUUUAGACUCAAUAAAAACGAUAAAUCCUGACUUCUGUUUACCCUUUUUCGAUGACAUGAGCGAAGAAGUGCAGAUUUCAGCUAUGAGGUGCUAUUUUAGGAACAAGAGAAACUUAAACGAAGAUUAUGUAAUGCAUACAUUGUCUCCUAUGGUUUAUUCAAAGUUUAGAACUGUUAUUAUUGAAGCGUUUAAGCUGAUUGGGCAGCUAAGACCUUCUCCAAAUUCAUUUUACCAAGCUUUGACAACUGAUGAAAAACAGCCAGCAAACGGAUUUUUAUUGAUUAUGUUGGAGUCAGAAUUUUGUGAAAUAAGGCUGGCGGUGCUGGAAGCCAUUAGUAAACUGCUUCAUACAGUGAUAAAUUCUCAUCCCAAAGAAGAAUGCAAUUCAUGCUUAUAAUAAAUGCCAGAUGAUGGCGCUCAAUGUGCCAUCAUCGGGCAAACCAGAAAAGGGCUCCACACGGGAAAUGGGUUCCACGUGUUGACAAGUGGAGAAUCCUCACUUCCACGCACCAAAAAGGGCUCCACACGUGAAAUCCAUAUCCUGUGUGGAGCCAUCAUCGGGCAACCUGUAUAUAUAAAGUCAUAAAAAUUUCCCUAGACGCAAUCAAUGACGAGUUUAGAGAAGUCAGAAUUUCUGUUUUUCAAUUAUUAUCUGCAUUAACUCCUUAUUUUGGGCUUAGAAAAGUAAGAAAUAAAUAGAAACCUGAUGUUGAUUCUUGCAUUUUUAACUUAAGAGACGCUGAUCUUGUCCUCAGACAUGCAAUUUAUGAGUUUUUCUGUAGGGUUCGUAUUGAGAAUGGGCAGCUUGCAUUAAUGGUGCUUGAAGCUUUAUUUGCGUCUUUCCAAAAAUACCCAGAAGAUACAAAUUACAUUUAUUUGGUGACUUCACAAAUGGGAAAAAAUAAUUAUAAGCAUGGCAAGUUUCUCGUCAACAAGCUGUUAGGAUUAGAUAAAAGAUUCCUUGCAAACGAGCAUGACUGGAAUGACCCUAUAUAUGUAGCGAAACUAAUAUUUUUAGUGAACGCUCAUAGUUAUGACAAAACUUUAGAAAUCCCAAGCUCUUGUGAAAAGCACAUCAAUUAUAUCUCAGAUUUAUACCCCUCAUAUAUGCCUCAAAGACAAAUUUCUAUGAUUCUUGAUCUAAAAUUCCCAGAAGAAGGAAACUCUGAAUUCGCAUCACUAUGCAAAAAUUUAGUUGUAAAAUUAAAUAAAAUGAUUUUACAGCCUCAUUGCUAUCUUCAUGACCCUGAAGUUAAUUUAAAGACAAUUUUGUAUAAAACUUGUGAGUUACAGCAUGCGUACAGGAUUGAUAUGCCAGCUAGUUUUAAUGAAUUUAUUGUCAAGUGCAGGAUUCAGAUACAUAUAAUUUAUCUUCUCUCCAUGCUUUCUGACUGUUACACUGGUAGAAACACUCCUUGGACUUUAAUAAAAAAUCAGAUAGAAAAUAUAUGGAAAGCAGGAUCUUUUAUAAAAGAUGACAAAAUCGUUAAAACUUGUUAUAAUGCUAUAAAUGAUAACGAAAACCCUGACACUGAUGCAUUGUAUACAGAAUUCAGCUCAUUUCUGAGCGUUUUGAGUUAUAAAGUGCAUCAAUAUAUAAAUGUCAAGAAAAAGCAUGCAGAGAUAACCUUUCCAACAGGAGAAAUAGCUGUAAAUGAGUGUGAUGUAUUGAGUGUACAAGGAAGAGGUGACGAAGAUUUAUAUUGCUUGCUUGAAUUUCCUGAUGGCAGUUUGGAGAGCGCAAAAGCUUAUUCACAUGCAAUGAAUUUAAAUUCGCAUAUCAGAAUCCACAGACCUAAUUCACCUGUGCUGGUACAACUUUGUUUUGCUGCGCUGUUUAGUCAGUCAGAUAUACAAAGCGGACCUGGAUUUUUCCAUAAGACAAUGAUAAUGCAAUCUCAUGUGCCAAUUUCUUCAUAUACUCAAAUAAUGCUUAAGCCUUAG